AUGAAAGCCCUUGUAUUUUCUCUUUUUUUUUGCGCAGCAUCUGUUUUUUCAAGGAGCGUUGAUACUUCCAAGCAUCUUAGUAGAAGAUCUGGAUUAAAGACUGAUUUAGAUGAAUUAGUUCUUCAGUCUAUAUUUUUUUCAGGUUAUGAUUGCAACAGAUACCGUAAAUCGUUAUGUAUGUCAUGGUAUCGGCAAUAUGGUGGCUCCAAAGGAUUGGGUAGCCAAAUGAAUACGUAUUGUGGAAGAUAUGGUGCUAUUAACUGUGAUGAAAUUUACGAGCAACUUGAGCAAAAAGCCGAAGAACUUGAAGAAACGUUAUCAGAAUUAAGGCAUCCUACAACCACUCAAUGUCAUCACUUUGCAGGACUAUGUUUAUUUUUAAAACCUCUUUUUCCUGAGCUUGAAGAUGCUUGCAACAAAUUUGGAGCUAGAUGUUAUAUGCAAACACGUCAUGAUGCAGCAGUUGGUGUUCUUUUAAAAGGGCUUACUGGUAAAAUGGAUACACCAGAGAAUUGUAGAAAUGCAUUAGGAAGUCUUUGCCUCUACCUUUCUGGACUUUUUCCGGAACUAAGAUCUUUAUGUCUAUUUUGGCCCGGUACAUGCACUCAUCUUAAGAAAAUUGCAGAUGAGCAAUGUCAAAAUCUUGAAAAUGAAUUAGAAGCUGUAUCAGGUGAAAAUUCCAGUGAAGAAAAAUGUCAAUUAGUUGGAGAAUGUUCUCACGUUUCAGGUAAUUGUAAUGAUCAGGUGAAGGCAGACUGUCAAGAACUUACUACAGCAUGUGCAAAGAAUAAACAUGCAAAACGUUCACAAUUAGACGAAAUUCCACAUACAAAUAAGACUUUGGUGGAAGGUGUUUUCAAUAAAACACUUGAAGAGACAAGCGUUUUUAUACAAGUUCAUGAAGCAGUUAGUGAAGAACCACAUGAUCCUUCAUUAGCUCUUAUGCUUUUGGGUGAAAAUGGUCAUCAUCGUCAUCAUCAUCGUCACCUUGAAUCUCAAUGUCAUCGGCAUUUAAACAACUGUUCUCUUUACGAUACUGAUCCACUUAUCAAUGAGUUAUGUACAAAUGGCCAUGAAAAUUCUAAAGGAGAAGAAGCUUGUCACAAGUUUCCACAUAGACUCACUCGGCCUAGCAAUGGUUAUCUUUAUAGUUAUCAUUUAUUUUUUUCAGAGAUAUGA